UUCAUAAUUCUCUCCCUAGCUACCCCACCCCUCCAACCCUGUUUGUAUUCCAAGAAGUGCUGUUUGCUUGGUGAUAGUAAAAAAAACAUAAUGGGCCAGAUCUGACACAGUAGAAAAAUUCUUGAUGGAAGUCAGAAGACCUGGGCUCACAUGCUACCUAUUAUACUUCAGUACCUAUGUGAUUGUAGGCAGAUUACUUCACCUUCAAGUCCACAUCUGUAUUUAGAGGGUUGGAUCACAUGGUCUCUAAAGUCUUUUCUAGCUCUAGAUAUGUGAUCUUAAUAUGUCUCCUUAACUUCAUUUCUAAAUAUUGUUAAUAUGUCUUCUUUUCCAAAUCACUGAAUAUUUAAUAAGUACCUGCCAUGGAAAAGUCAUCAUCUUGGGCUUCCAAGGAGUUUAUUAUGUUUCUUUUAGGGGUGGGGGAUAUAACACAAAUGCAGAGAAGCCAAUAUUAGAUAAUUUGGGGAAGGAAUAGUGAAAGGCUUUCCAUCCCAUCCUCUAGUAGUUUCAGGUUAAUUUUUUCCAUCUUAUAACUAGAUCUUUUCUUUUUAUCUUUAUUAUCAAGGAAGUCUUGAAAAUGCUAUUCUACCACUCUAUGUGUGAGUAUAUAGCUAACUUUAUUGCUCUAAACAGCUUCCCAGAAAAGAUAACAAACUAAUCAUUAGUAAAAUAAGAAAUUUUGCUUCUUCUCAGGCUUUUGAAAUCAUUUUAGCUUCUGUUAUCUUGAAGUUAAUUGUCUAACUUGUUAUAUAAGCCUAUGGUGAUAUGACAUAUAAUUCCAUUUAAAAAAAAUUAUGUGUCUAUUGUUCUUCAGUGAACAAUAGUGAGAAUAAUAGUAUUUAGGAAAGUAGAGUACAAGUUACUGGAAAUCAAAGCUGAUGCCUUUUAUGAUUUCUUUUGUGACCUGGAAUUUUAGCAAUAGGAUCUCUUAAUAAUAAAACAAGGUCAGUUUUACUUCUCUGAUUUCUAAGGCUGUUAUAAGAAAGAAUUGUAAAAAUUUGUACAUCUCUCUUACAUCCUGUAAUCUUCAAAGCCUCAUUACUUUUAGAGAUUAACUGAUAGUGCAUCAUUUCAUUCCAAAACAAUACUAAGGCAGCAAUGACCUUGAAAUCAAUCAAUAUUUAUUUUGGAACUGAUAUAUUUGUAGUGUUGUUUUCUGAUGUACUGGUCUGAUUAUUCUAUAUUCCUUCCUUUCUCCACCUUCCCUGUUUAUGGAGAGAAGUAGAGGAUAAAAAUAAUUUUUUUUUUCUUUUAACAGAAAAUAUUUAUCCAGAAGUUUGAAGUUAUAUAAUUUUCAGAUUUAGUGACUUUGCUUAGCCCUAGAAUUGUGUGCUUUUACAUAACUAGAUCUCUCUUCUGCUGAUGGUUCUGGGAGUGUGGCCAUUGUCUCUAUGGUCUCCCCCUAUGUUAGGGGCUUCAUACUUUAAAUCAAAUUAGGAUGGAAACAACAGUCGGCUUGAUUCCUUGAAGUCAGUGGAAAGGGACAGAAGGCUUUAGCUUUCAAGGAAUUAGACUUCUAGAAAUCAGUAUCAAUAUUUGAUAAUCAUCCAGGAACCACAGGGUUUAAGGGGAAACUAUCUCUCUUUCCCCUCUUGAGGAAGGUUUUGUGAGGUUCAUUUCUGGGUCAAGAAAGCAGAUACUGCAUGUUCAGUAAGGCAUAAACUGUGGCUCAGGCCUCCCUGCCUUCACUCCCAAGUGGAAAUGGCAUCAUCAAGUCUGAUGAGUCACCUCACUGUAGGACUGAGAGAAUAUUAUUUUAUCAUCCCAGUCUUCCCAACCAAAACUGUCUUUCUCUCUAAGAUUACCUUUCUCUUUUUUCUCUUUCUUUUCUACAUCUUCACCAUCAUUUUCUGUGUGUGUAUAGGUGAGCUCAUUGCUGUCUCUAUUAGGGGAAAGAAUUAGGUCUAGACAACUUCCUAGAAAAGAUAACUGACCAUCAAUAAAAAUAAAUUUUGCUUGAAUACUCUAUCUAUCUAUCUAUCUGUCUAUCUAUCAUCUAUCUAUACCUAUCUUGAAUGUACCUACUUACGUCCUUAUUAUACCUCUUUAUUAGAUUGUAAAUCUUUUCAGGAGAGAGACUGUUUCAGCUUUUUCUUGGUAUCUUUAGUACUUAGCACAAUGUCUGGUACACAGCAAACAUUUAAUAAAUGCUGGUUGAUGGAUUUCUGCUACCCAAUGUGGAUAACUUUUAACUAUUCCUCCAACCUUUUCUGUCCUGGGUGACUUAGUUGGUUAAGAACUUUGUUCCCAGGGGUUUUGUCAAUUAUGGUGUCAUCUUAACAUAGAGAGUAGGGAUAAUGAAAGAAAAGCAGAUGACUGGUUGAUUAAAUAAAGUAAUACAUCUGCUUGAUCAAAAAAAGUUCUCUUCUAGUUAUGAGAUGACCCAUAGAAAGAAAGUGUGGUGGAAUUGGCCAUUAGAUUAAAUUAGAUAAUAAUAUCUUAUUAUUAUUAUUUUUUUAAAGGUUGAUGGUAACAACUAUCCCUAAUCUGAGGACAGAAACUUCUGUAGGAUUUGUCCGAUUCAGGAAUAAUGCUUUUCUUUUUCUUUACUUCCUUAGGUUAUAUCUCCUGUGGAACCUCCUCCCCUUUCCAAACAAACUUGUGUUACUUAUUUUGAGUGUGUAAUAGAGUCCUGGGGCCUUUUGCAGACAUCUAAAGGUAGCGGUGCUACUGCCGUGGUCCAGGCUGCACUAUGCAAACCCCGCCAAGAACGAGUUGCAAUAAAACGCAUCAACUUAGAAAAAUGCCAGACGAGCAUGGAUGAGUUACUAAAAGAAAUCCAAGCCAUGAGCCAGUGCAGCCAUCCCAACGUAGUGACCUAUUACACCUCUUUUGUUGUAAAGGAUGAGCUUUGGCUGGUUAUGAAAUUAUUAAGUGGAGGUUCAAUGCUGGAUAUCAUAAAGUAUAUUGUCAAUCGAGGAGAGCACAAGAAUGGAGUCCUGGAAGAAUCAAUAAUAGCUACAAUUCUUAAAGAAGUUUUGGAAGGCUUAGAUUAUCUCCAUAGAAAUGGUCAAAUUCACAGGGAUUUGAAGGCUGGUAAUAUUCUUUUGGGUGAAGACGGUUCAGUGCAAAUAGCAGAUUUUGGUGUUAGCGCUUUUUUGGCAACAGGAGGUGAUGUUACUCGUAAUAAAGUAAGGAAAACAUUUGUGGGCACCCCUUGUUGGAUGGCACCUGAAGUUAUGGAACAGGUGAGAGGCUAUGACUUCAAGGCUGAUAUGUGGAGUUUCGGAAUAACAGCCAUUGAAUUGGCAACAGGAGCUGCACCUUAUCACAAAUAUCCUCCUAUGAAAGUACUAAUGUUGACAUUGCAAAAUGAUCCUCCUACUUUAGAAACUGGAGUAGAAGACAAAGAAAUGAUGAAAAAAUAUGGCAAGUCCUUUAGAAAAUUACUUUCAUUAUGCCUUCAAAAGGAUCCUUCUAAAAGGCCCACAGCAGCAGAACUUUUAAAAUGCAAAUUCUUCCAGAAAGCCAAGAAUAGAGAAUAUCUGAUUGAAAAGCUGCUCACAAGGACACCAGAUAUAGCACAGAGAGCCAAAAAGGCUGAGCAGAAUCCUGGGAAAACAAGCAUGAUGUCAGGUUCUGAAAAAGAGCAAGAUGGCAACCGAAGGGUUAGAAGGGUUCCUGGAUCCAGUGGUCAUCUUCACAAGACAGAAGACGGAGACUGGGAGUGGAGUGAUGACGAAAUGGAUGAAAAGAGUGAAGAAGGAAAAUCAGCAUUUUUUCAGGAAAAGUCACGAAGAGUAAAAGAAGAAAAUCCAGAGAUUACAGUGAAUGCCAGCAGUAUACCCGAGCAGAUACAGUCACUUUCUAUAAAGGACUCUAAGGGUCAGCCUAAUAUUCAUGAAGGAUUUACAGAAACUUCUUGUGCUGUGAAUCUUGUUUUAAGAUUAAGGAACUCCAGAAAGGAACUUAAUGACAUACGAUUUGAGUUUACUCCAGGAAGAGACACGGCAGAUGGCGUUUCUCAGGAGCUGUUCUCUGCAGGCCUGGUUGAUGGUCAUGAUGUAGUUAUAGUUGCUGCGAAUUUGCAGAAGAUUGUAGAUGACCCCAAAGCAUUAAAAACAUUGACAUUUAAGUUGGCUUCUGGCUGCGAUGGGGCGGAGAUCCCCGAUGAGGUGAAGCUAAUUGGCUUUGCUCAGUUGAGUGUCAGCUGAUGCUUGUGGCUGGAUGUCAUCCUCAGGCCCCCACCCACCCUCAUCCCCAGCAAAAUCAGAAGAUUGUGAAGAGACCUGCUUAGAUGAGAAGGGGGAAAAGAAUGAAACACAACAGAACCCCAACACCACCAUCACCACCACCACCACCACCCACCACUCACCGAGUUCUGCAUCAUGCUCCAGCAACUCACAUCGGAAUCAGCAAAUCCCACAGCUGCACAAUUGCUGCUAACUUGUCCAAAAGCUAUUCAAUGUUCUGAGCAACCAAUUUGGAUCUCCCCUAACUGAAACCAAUCUGGAAAUGCACUCAGGUGGCCCUAUUUAUUGGUAAUAAAAGGAAUUUUCUAUCAGAAACGUAUUUCUUCUUUCCUUGUAAAAUUUCUGUGAUAAUACUUUAAUUGUACAUCUGACAAUACUGCCUCUUUUAUGUUGUAUUUAGAAAUUAAUAUACUUAUAAAAAUUAAGAUUUAUUAGCCAAACUUGAAUUCUAGUUUUAAAACUGACUGUGAAUUUUAUUUUUCAUAUAUUUAUGCUUUACACAUCUUACCUAUAAGGAAAACAAUGGUUUGAUUAUGUGCUUACUUGCAGUUAAUCUCCUAUUAUUUAAAGAAAUAAAAAAAGUUUCAGGUAUAUCUUUGGAGUAUUUGUAACUUCUAGUUUUUGAAAUGACUGAAUUAGGAAUUAGGAAGCAUAUUAUGUUGGUUUGUCUAUAAACCAAUCUACAAGCUGAUUGUCUCUAGGGAGUGGGAGGUGCCUUGCAGACAUUAAUAUUAAGAAUGUGCCUGAGGCUGCUUUGUUCUAAAAUAGUCUCAGUUCUAGGAGUUUCACAUGCAUCCAGUCAAAUACAUACAUUUGGCUUAAGUUUUGCUUUCCUGGGGCUUCUACGAGCUAGAAUACUAUAUGAUGUUUCCAUCAAGCUAGACCGCUAACUGCCCAUCUCUGAUUUGGCUUCUUAAGUAAUAGGACUUGUUUCUACAAAGAUUAAAAACUUGAAAAAGAAAAAGAAAAAAAAAUACAAACAAGAAUCUGAGCUUUACUUGAAAUUCUGCAAAAUACCAAGAUGGAGAGAAAAUAAUAGAAAGGGCUUUGUGCAAUGACUAACAGGUAAAUUGCUGUUAGGUUUCAAGGAUAAAUGUUUUUUGGCCCAAGUAGCCCUCUGCUUAACCUGUGACAUAUCUAGAUAUAUAUUACGGAACUAGUUUAAAAAAAAAAAAUCUUAGGAUUUUCAAAAUUGGAGUAUCCUGUCAAGGAGGUAGACUCCUUGAACUAUACCAUGACUCUUUCCUAGCUAACCCUAGAUAUGGCAGCUCUUUAAAAUGUACUUUAAAACAGCAAAUAUAUAUUACUAAGAAAAGUUAUUUAUAAUUGCCUUGUCAUAAUUGUUAAGGUGUUCUAGAGCCAUUUGCAUACAACUUAAUGUAAUUUCAUUCCAUUCUAUUGUUUACACGAUUACUCAAAGAUGACUGCAAAGGUAAUGGAGAAUAAAAGUGUAUUGCACAAA